AUGUCGGAUCACGGUCAUCUGAGCUCGGCGGAGAAAAAGCGCCUCCGCGAUCGACGGGCGCAGCAGAAUUCUCGAAGUAAAAAGUUGCAGUAUCUCAGUCACCUCGAAGAUCGCAUCGCACGGCUCGAAGAGCAGGUCGCUCAUUGUCGGCAACACCACACCGAUGAAGGCGCCCAACAACGAUCUGAAGAGAUAGAGACUCUCCGGAGGCAGAAUGCAUUUAUUCUUGCACGUCAACGACAGCUGAAAAGUCUCCUGCAAUCCUGGGACAUCGAUGCGCUGACGUCUCCGGAAGCUCUCACCGGACCGGCUUAUAGCCCCGAGGCGCCCGAAGUCGAGAACCAGCGUCCUCCUAUACUAUCGCCACCACCGCCGAUAGCAGUUUCUCGCAGUUUGAUAGACCCCUUGGAAGCUACUACUAUCAAUUACACUCACGACUCGACAAACCCACCAGAGCCGCCUUGGAGACGUAUCCCACUCACCAACGACGACCCGUCAGCCCCUUACAUGACUUGGGUGGCUUACCAGGAGCAGAUCAGAGCAUCCCCGGACUCCCCCGCCUCUCCGCUGGAUCUCCUGUACGGCUCCAAGACCAACGUCCUAGCAGACCUAGUCUACCGCACCACGAAGCGACGGCCGCUGCGCGACCCCGAGCGCCUGGCCUGUGGGUGGCUAGCCUACCACCUCCUCAAAUGGAUGUACUCUCCCAGUCCCAGCCGAUUCGCUCGGCUGCCGACCUUCAUGCACCCGAACCCUGACCAGAUAAACAUUCCCCACCUUGGGUCGAUCGACCUCAUGAUCUGGCCGCAAAUCCGGUCCAAUCUGAUCCGUCGUUGGCACAUCUACGAGGGUCAGCGUGACGAUCUCUUCGGGUUUCUGGCCUGUUGUCUGAAAGUUCGCUGGCCGUGGGGCGAGAGUAUCCUCGAACGCGACGACCAAGAUCAACUCCGUAUCAGACGCAGCUUCUACGAGACGUUCAUGACCAUCGAGGGAUGGGGACUCACCCCUGAUGUCAUUCGAAGCUACCCCAGUAUUUUGACGGGGGUUGACCUGCAGUCUAUUGUGUAUGAGGUCCUGUGA